CAGUUUCAUUAUUUCUUUUUGACAUCAUUCACGGUUUCUUAAAUUUAGUGUUAUUAAUUAUUAUACAGUAUAUAUUGUGAAGUUAUGAGUAAGAAACUUAAAUCUCCACUAUGGCUUUAAAAAAAGUUAAGGGUAACUUCGAAAGAAUGUUUGACAAAAAUCUUACGGAUUUAGUUCGUGGGAUAAGAAAUAACAAAGAUAACGAGGCAAAAUAUAUAGCACAAUGUAUGGAAGAAAUUAAAGUUGAAUUGCGGCAAGAUAAUAUCGGGGUGAAAGCUAACGCUGUCGCCAAACUAACAUAUCUUCAAAUGUUAGGAUAUGACAUAUCCUGGGCUAUAUUUAAUAUAAUUGAAGUUAUGAGUUCAACUAAGUUUACAUAUAAACGUAUUGGAUAUUUAGCUGCUAGUCAGUCAUUCCAUGCAGACUCCGAGCUGCUUAUGCUUACCACUAAUAUGAUAAGAAAAGAUCUGAAUGCUCAAAACCAGUAUGAAGCAGGCCUGGCACUUAGUGGUCUCAGCUGUUUCAUAUCUCAUGAUCUGGCGAGAGACUUAGCUAAUGAUAUCAUGACAUUGAUGAGUUCUACGAAACCCUAUCUCAGAAUGAAGGCGGUGUUGAUGAUGUACAAAGUAUUCUUAAGAUAUCCCGAAGCUUUGAGACCAGCUUUUCCUAAGUUAAAAGAGAAACUUGAAGAUCCCGAUCCCGGUGUACAGUCAGCUGCUGUGAAUGUUGUGUGUGAAUUGGCCCGGAAGAAUCCCAAGAAUUAUCUGUCACUGGCUCCCGUCUUCUUUAAGCUAAUGACCACCUCCACUAACAAUUGGAUGUUGAUAAAGAUAAUAAAACUGUUUGGUGCCUUAACCCCAUUAGAGCCUCGACUUGGCAAGAAACUGAUAGAACCAUUAACUAAUUUAAUACAUAGCACGUCAGCCAUGUCUCUGCUGUACGAGUGCAUCAACACUGUGAUAGCUGUUCUUAUCAGCAUCAGCAGCGGCAUGCCGGGCCAUGCAGCAUCAGUACAGCUCUGUGUACAGAAACUACGGAUACUUAUAGAGGACAGCGAUCAGAAUUUGAAGUAUCUGGGUCUGCUGGCUAUGUCUCGGAUACUGAAGUCUCAUCCGAAAUCAGUUCAAGCUCACAAGGACCUCGUCCUGGCCUGUUUGGAUGAUAAGGACGAGUCUAUAAGACUAAGAGCUCUCGGCCUGCUGUAUGGAAUGGUGUCGAAGAAGAAUUUGAUAGAGAUAGUGAAGAAACUGAUGGUACACAUGGAACGAGCUGAGGGUACGCUGUACAGGGACGAGCUGUUGACCAGGAUGAUUGAGAUCUGCUCCCAGAACAACUACCAGCAUGUGGUGCACUUCGAGUGGUACAUCACGGUGCUGACGGAACUCACUGAAAUGGAGACCAGCGCUAAACACGGUUGUAUGAUAGCCGGGCAGUUAUUGGAGGUGGGGGCCCGGGUGUCGGAGACCCGGGCUUUCGCCGCCCGCGAGUGCUCGUCGCUGGUGACCCGCACCGCCGCAACACAACACGCGCCUCGUGCCGCCUCCAGGGAGGUGUUGUACGCCGCCGCCUAUGUACUCAGCGAAUACUGCACCGAGGAGCCGGUGAUGCGAUCUUCCCUGUCUCCUCUGCUGGUGUGUGCCGGCCUCCACGCGGGCCCGUCCAGCGCGCAUAUGCGGGCCCGGGCGGUGUGUGUGCACGCCGCCCUCAAACUCACCGCCAGACUGCUCCUGUUGUAUGAGAACAGAGGCGAGCGCACCGCCGCGCUCUCGGUUAUCCACGAGACCCUGGCGGGCAUGCAGCCUUUACUCAGCAGCGAGGAUAUGGAGGUACAGGAGCGAGCCCACAACGCUACAGCACUACUGCGUAUAGUGUUGAGGAAGAUCAACCCCACGGAUCCCGCGCUCGGCAGUGACGUCAUCCACAAUGACGUCACCGACACCUUGGUAGAACACGAACCGGAACAGAGCAACGGCGUGGACAUCAUUGGUGAUAGUGACAUGAAUGGCGGAGACGACGAAGGUUUCAGUGGCGGCCUCAUAGCAGAGCUGGCUGGUUUGUUCGAGGGUGAGCUCAAGCCCGUAGCGCCCAAGGCACAGAAGAAAGUACCGAUGCCGCCGGACCUGGAUCUCAGCGAGUGGCAGUCUUCGUCGCGGUGGUCGUCAGACAGUUCCUCCUCUGAGGCGGAAGAGGACGCUCUGUUCGUCGCACCGCAGCCAGAACAAAAACCCGCAACACCCGUCACUACACUACAGUCGUUGCGCGAGGCUCGUCUCCUGGAACAGGCCAACAACCCUCACUACUUGAAGGACGACGGCCGCUACCAGCAGGAGGACGAGGACCCGCCCGUCGCUGAGAUCGCUUUAGACGUGCCGCUGCAAAUAACCGUUAAGAGAUCUGAUAAGUACUUAAUGUCGAAAGAAAACUCGAAGAAGACGAAGGAAAAGAAGAGGCCGUCUAAGAAACGGAAGAACAAAGUAGAGAGACAUUCGUCCGAGUCGGAGAGUGACGACGCGUCAGUGUCCCGACCUACGGUGGCGGAGGGCGGCGAGUUACCGGAGGGUGCUGCGGCCUCCGACGACGAGCCUCCGCCCCGCGACGAUCCCCACCGAGCGCUUGACCUUGACCUCGACAUGCCAUUACGCGAGGAAGAGUUGCUCAGCACACGGACGCGAUCGUACCCGCUACCCGAGAGUGGCUUACUCAGUAAGAAAACAGAAUCCAAGAAAAACAAAUCUACGGAAAAGAAAACCUCCGAAAAAUCUACUCACAAAAAGAAAUCCAAGAGCUCUAAACGGAACAAAGAAGCCGACCUCAUAUUACCGGAAACGGAAAAUAAGGUCGAGGACAUACUGUUGAUCGAAACUGAAAACGAAUCUAAGAGUAAUGAGAUCGUUAAAAAUGAUAUUCAGGAUGACAAGCCAGAGAAAAUUAAGACUGAAAAACAUAAAAAGUCAAAGAAAGACACUAAGGAGAAAGAUUCGAAGAAAAAGAAGACAUCUAAGAAAGGAAAACAUGAAACUAAAUUAGGUUAUGAAGAAGCAAUAGGUAUUUCAACACCAAGCAAAGAGGUUGUAUAGUGAAUGGCAUAAUAUUAACUCUAUCUUUCCCGAAUCCUCUCCACACGCUGUCUCAGUGCAAUUUGAACAAACAAAUGUUUGAUUAAUUUUGUUAUAUUAGUUAGAUUCAUUUAUAUAAAUAUAUUAUAGGUAAUGUUUUUAUUCUUAAAUGUGGAAUGUGUCCAUUUGAAAAUAACACAUAUUUCUAUUGAUGUAGACUAAUGAUAAUAAAUAUGUAUAAUCAUGUACAGUUUUAUUCAGUUAUUAUUAAAAAAUAAAAAUGCUAUCGCAGAUUCAUAGAUUACCAUUUUUAAUUACUGUCACAUCCAAAUACAUAUAUAAUAAUGCGAUUAUAAAAAAAUAUAAUAUAAUUUCAUUGAUUUGUAGUAAAAAAAAAAUAUAUUGAUCCUUUACAGAAUUAAGGACAACGCGAUCUGCCACCUUUUUUACUCUUGUACAUAAUGGAAACCUGUAAAUUAUACAUUUUAACGAUUAAAGUUAAGCAAGUUAAAAAUUAAAAAUAAAAAAAUAAUAAUCUUUGGCAUGUCCAUAGCACGUAAGAAUGGAAUUUACAAAUUAACUAAUUACUUCUUACUAAUAAAACUUUCGUCUCUAGGUAAUUUAUUAAUAAAAUAUCAGUUUUUGUGUCCAACAAUUAUAUAACUACAAAUAGGUUAUUAAGACUAGCUAUAAGACACUUUAAACAUAAAAUAAAAAGGUUUUAAUCAAAUAAAACUAGAUAUUAAUAUAAUAGUUUAUUACUGUUUACAGCAACACAAUAAAUAUCACUUGGAUAAAUCGAAUAAAUACAUAACUUAUUGUACUGUUAUAUUAAGAAUACCCAUUGAUAAAAUGUUUGGACUAAGAUGAAACGGUUCACUAUUUACAAAGAAACAUACAUACAAAGUACGCAAAGUACGAAAUACAUAAUUAUUGCGAAGAUACACGUUCGAGGGCAACGCUGUCCCUAUACAAAUUGGCAAAUUACUAUACAAGUAAACAAUGUCAUUUAUAAUAAUGUGGUUAAAUACUACAUAGAAACAUCAAUAUAACAAGUCGGACUCCAUUAAUGAGCGAAAGAAAGUCUUCGGUGUAAUUAAACAUUAUAUGCAACCAAUAUUUAUUUACUUACUCUUAAAGUACAAUAAAUAA